AUGUCUUCCGCCGACGAUAGCGAGGCAGCUACGCUCUGGAAAGUGAACCGGACAAUCCACGAGCUCGUAAAGGACAGGGGCUAUCAAGUAGCGGACGAUGAGAUUCACAUGGAUCUAACCACUUUCAAGUCCCACUAUGCGAACAGUGGAGGGAGUGUUGAUCGAAAUCAACUCAAUUUCUUCACCAAUCUGCGCGUUAAUGUAGAGGAGCAUAUUUUUGUGUUUUUCUCCGACGAGAAGAGUGUUGGUGUCAAAACCAUGCGCAAACUUCUACAAAUCAUGACGGAGAAGAAUAUACGUCGCGGCAUCAUCAUCUUCCCCGGCAUCAUGACCCCAGCGGCGCGCAAGGUUAUCGUCUCAAUGGCUGAGUUUAAGGUCGAAGAGUUCUCGGAGGCGGACUUGCUCGUCAACAUAACCCAUCACAAACUUGUACCCCGCCACGACGUUCUUACCACAGAGGAAAAGAAAAUGCUCCUUGAACGAUACCGCCUGAAGGAGACCCAGCUACCUAGGAUUCAGCUUGCCGAUCCCAUCGCACGAUAUUAUGGCCUUCGACGGAGUCAGGUCGUCAAAAUUACUCGUCCCAGUGAAACGAGCGGUCGGUACGCCAGUUACCGUAUAUGCUUUUGAGUUCGACUCCUGCUUGUUUUAGCUCGUUUCUAUACGCCAAUCCCCCAUUAUAUCACCGUCUCGUUGUAUUUAAUAGUUUGUCCUGUUUAACAUUUUCCUUUAUCAAUCGUUCCCCUUGGCGUCUUGUCAGACGACCAUUUAAC